GUCUGGGGAUGAAGUUUGCUGUGUCCAGCACAGGCCAGUGAGACUGAGUGGCAUUUAGCUUAAAGCUGCAUUGAUUAUAAAUAUCUCUGAGCAGCCCCAUAGGAAUUUGGAGCUCAGUUCAGCUCAUCAUGGUCAGUUGUUCUUAAAUUGCCAUAGAAAGUAUUGGGUGGGGUUUUAUUGAUUAUAUUAUAGAUAAAAGAAGUUAAAGCUGGAUCUUCAUUCUGCAUUUUAGAGGAUGGGCUUACCCAUGACAUGUGGUUAUCUCAUUUAGUCUCAGAUUUUGCUUUUAAAAACUCACUACAGGUUUUAGUUUUUUAAGUUUAUAGUCCAGGAGAGAAAUGUGUGGUGAUCUCGGGGGAAAUGCUUUGUCCACGAGCAGCGUGUUAGAUUCUGAUAAAAUGUGUGAGGUUAUUUGUGUCUGCAUUUUUAUCUGUUAAAAGUUAUAAAACUUAGGGAAGCUUUGGGGGGGUUUACAGGUUUUUUGGUCGGUUUUUUUGGGGCAGUUUUGAUUGUUACUAAGACAGACUUCUAGUGCUGCUAGAGAGCACGAACGAAAGUGUUUUGGACAAUGUUGCUUCAGCGUAGGUUAUGAGGCAGGAAUGAGAUAAAAACCUUAUUUUUGUGUGUUCUUUUUAAGUUCGGUGUUCUUUUUAAGUUCAGUAACAAGCCGUGGCUUGUUCCUGGGACAAGUCCUGAGUGGGAACAUGUCCGUACCCUGCUCUCAGCCGGCUCUCUGCCCUCCUCGGCUGCAUUUUGCUGCCCUUUGGGCUCCGCGAUUUUUCCGAGGUUCCCGAGGGGCGCCCGGAGCCGGGAGCGCUGAAAAUGGCGGCGGCGGUGGGACUACAACUCCCAGGGUGCUCCGCGCAGCGUCGCGCUUGACGUCAUCACUGCGCCAGGGAGCCUGUGCAGCGUGGUCCCGGAGCUUCGGUAGAGCCUCGGCGGGUCGGGCCGGGUCGGGCCGGGCCGGUACCGCGAGGGGCGAUGGCUCAGGACAGAGAGGGGCCUCCGGCCAAGCGGUUCAAGGCGGCGCCCCCCGGCACGCAGCCCCAGAGCGCCGCCCCGCCCGCACACGUGCAGCGGCGCUCCCUGCCCAUCUCCGGGGCCCGCGGGCCGCUGCUGGCCCGGCUCCGCCGCCUCGACACCGCCAUCCUCAUCGGAGAAACAGGCUCGGGGAAGACCACUCAGCUCCCGCAGUACCUGUACGAGGCGGGGAUUGGCCACCCUGGUGUCAUCGCUGUCACCCAGCCCCGCAGGGUGGCAGCUGUCACCCUGGCUGCCAGAGUUGCUGAAGAGAAGAGGACAGAGCUGGGGAAGCUGGUUGGCUACACGGUGCGCUUCGAUGACUGCUCGUGCGCCGAGACGCGGCUGCGGUUCCUGACGGACGGGAUGCUGCUGCGCGAGGCCAUCGGGGACCCCCUGCUGCACAAGUACAGCGUGGCCAUCCUGGACGAGGCCCACGAGAGGACCAUCCACACUGAUGUGCUCUUUGGGGUGGUCAAAGCCGCUCAAAAGAAGCGAAAGGAGCGGGGCCUGCGGCCACUGAAAGUGAUUGUCAUGUCAGCCACCAUGGAUGUUGACCUGUUCUCCCAGUACUUCAAUGGAGCUCCUGUCAUCUAUCUGGAGGGCCGGCAGCAUCCCAUUGACAUCUUCUACACCAAGGAGAGGCAGAGUGACUACCUGCAGGCAGCCCUGGUGUCCAUCUUCCAAAUCCACCAGGAGGCCCCUGCAUGCCAGGACAUCCUGGUGUUCCUGACUGGUCAGGAAGAAAUUGAAGCAAUGACCAAAACCUGUCGAGAUGUUGCCCAGCAUCUCCCCGAGGGCUGCCCACGGAUGACAGUGCUGCCCCUUUAUGCUUCUCUGCCCCACUCCCAACAGCUCCGUGCCUUUAAACCUACCCCUGAGGGCUGUCGCAAAGUGAUCCUCUCCACCAACAUCGCAGAGACCUCCAUCACCAUUGCUGGCAUCAAAUUCGUUGUGGACACAGGCAUGGUCAAAGCCAAGAAGUACAGCCCUGAAACUGGCCUGGAGGUGCUGGCAGUGCAGCAGGUGUCCAAGGCCCAGGCUUGGCAGCGCACGGGCAGAGCAGGCAGGCAGGAGAGCGGGAUCUGCUACCGGCUCUACACAGAGGAGGACUUUGAGAAGUUUGAGGAAAUGACAACACCUGAGAUACAGAGGUGUAACCUGGCCAGUGUGGUGCUUCAGCUCCUGGCCCUGAAAAUUCCCAAUGUGCUCACCUUUGACUUCAUGUCCAAACCAUCUCCUGAUGCUAUUCAAGCAGCCAUUGAUCAGCUGGACCUGCUGGGAGCUGUGACCCAAAAGGAAGGUCAGCUUGUCCUGACCCCCCUGGGAAAGAAAAUGGCAGCCUUUCCACUGGAUCCAAAGUUCUCCAAGGCCAUCCUCCUGUCCCCACAGUUCCACUGUGCAGAGGAGAUCCUGACCAUUGUGUCACUGUUAUCAGUGGACAGUGUCCUCCACAACCCCCCUGCCCAGAGGGAUGAGGUGCAGGCUGCCAGGAAGAAAUUCAUCUCCAGUGAGGGGGAUCAUCUCACCCUGCUCAACGUGUACAGGGCCUACAAGAACGUCAAUGGGCACAAGGGAUGGUGCAGAGAGAACUUUAUCAAUGGCAGGAACAUGAAGCUGAUGGCAGAAGUCAGAGCUCAGCUCAGGGACAUUUGUGUAAAGCUGUCGAUGCCGCUGGAGUCCUGCCGCGGGGACACGGCCGGCGUGCGGCGCUGCCUGGCCCACAGCCUGUUCAUGAACGCGGCCGAGCUGCGGCCGGACGGCUCCUACGGCACGGUGGGCUCUCAGCAGCUGGUGGCCAUCCACCCCUCCUCGGUGCUGUUCCAGUGCAAGCCUGCCUGCGUGGUGUACACCGGGCUGCUGCGCACCAGCCGCUGCUACAUGCGCGACCUGUGCCCGGUGGAUGCGGAGUGGCUGCUGGAGGCCGCGCCCGAAUACUUCCGCAGGAGGCUCCGCUCGGCCAAGAGCUGACCCUGGCACCAGCUGGCUUGGCUGCUCCUCGAAAGACUUUCUGAAAAGUAUUGGGAUAAUUACCAAUGUGGCUGGACAGGACGUGCCUGAGCAUGUCUGGCUCUUGGUGCUGAACCAAACAGCGGCACAGUGGUGUUUCACCCCAGAGACACUUUUGGCCAUGGCUGGGUGGUGUUUCACCCCAGAGACACUUUUGGCCAUGGCUGGGUGGUGUUUCACCCCAGAGACACUUUUGGCUGGCUGGGUGCUGCAGCUGGGCACGUGGGAACAAGUCCAGGCGUGCAGGAGCUCUGGUGGCUGUGGGAUGGAGCUUCCCCCCAUAACAGGGUCUGCUCCUCGGGUUACCUCUGGGGGAGAAGCUUUAAGGUGAUGGAGAAGGAAAGGAGUGGGUUCUGAUGGAGGGUUUGGAUCCAGAGUUUUAUUCUGGCCCACAGGCCUCUGAACCCAGCACCAGCUCCAACAGAACUCCCAAACCGUGUGGUUGCUGUUGCUGUUCCUUUUAACCCCGAGGAGAGGGGGAGGGAAGGAGUAGGAAUCCCACCAACCAGGUACACAGAAGGAGGAAUUAAGGGACAAAGGACACCUGGGUGGCCCAAUGCCUCCCCAGGGGUAGAGGGCAUCCUUUGAAUCUGCCAAUCACUCAAUGCCCUCCUGGAAUUCCAGUACUGACAGUGCUGGGAGGGGAAAGGAGAGGUGAUUGACACACCUGGCAGGGAAUUAUCAGGGGAGGGACCCGAGGUUCUGAGGUAAACCCUGAAAUCACAACGCAACAGAAAAGUGCAUAUUAUAUAGCUCCACACAGAUAUUUACUAUAUGUAUUUUGUUGUAUUGAUUAGUAGUGCUGUAUUAACGUUUUAAUGGUAUGGUAAAUGUAGUUUUGUAGUUAAAAGGUAAAUUUUGUAGUUAAAAUAUGAACUAUGUAUGUGGGAUAUUUUUUUAAGAGAGGAAUGAGGUACUCACGCCAGAUAGCAGCCACAGGACAUGUAAAUCUUUCAGACAAGGGAAUUUAUUGCCCCAUUAUCAGAAGAAAUUAACUUCUUCCCACCCUGCUCAGCCAUGAAGAUGCCAUUUAGGAUUAAGAGGAAAAAGUUUACACUGACCAAACGGAAUCCUUUGUUUGAAUGGAAGUUAUGCAUCAUGUAUGAGAUGUAUGAAUAUUCAACAGGCUGUUGCUUUUAAGGGUUAAUCCUUUUUUGGGCUUAUGCUGCCCAGAAAAAGGUACCCAGACGUCUGUAACUCUUUAAUUCUGUUGUCUCAUAUUGUCCUAAUCCAAACUGUCCAAAGUUUUACUACUCUAAUUAUAUUACUAUUUUUAUAACCAUUUUAUUGCUAUUAAACUUUUAAAAUUUUAAAAACAA